CAGGGUUUUUGGAAUCGAGGAAGGUGAGCGUAGAGAUGUAAUACGCGCGGAUCCAUCGAUCCAUGGGGCGGCAAUCGGCGCUUGGCGGCGCUGGAAAUGCAUCGCAGGAUUUCUACAGGGAUCGCUGGAAAAAGUCGGAUUUCGGGGCCAACGCGAUCCAGGAGAACCUGGAAUUCGUCCGGGACAGGCGAUGGGUCGUGAGCGAGUGCUUGCGGAGGCUGUGCUCUACCUCCGAAGCCAUGGCGGCGCUGCUAGCUUACGGCCUGGCGGAGACGGAGAAAUUCAGGGAUCAGGCUGGAGGAGGCGACGACGAGAGGAGAUUCUUUCUUCUCGGGAGAUUGCGUUUGCUCCAAUUCAAGGAUCGCCUCGACACAUACCUGGGGAUUCAUAUGGGGAGGUAUGAUCCUCAAAAGUACAUGAUCUUUCGAUCGACCAGCUUGCACAGACUUGCGUCUACCUUCGCCGAGCACGGGAAGACGGGUGCUCUCGAGCUGCUAAUGAAGCGUCACGGCUAUGCUCUAGCUCCUCACGUCUUGAGCAUUUUGGACGGGAUUCCAGAGACGCUUUCACCUCACACUUACGAGCAGCUUCUUCCGAGGUUGUCACCACCUCAAGUCUUACUUCCUCGUCGGGGCCAAGACUGGAUUGAAAGCGAAGCUGUGGUGAGGCUGGCAGAUGCUGGAGUUUCCGGCGAGGUUGAUCUUCACGAGUGUACCGAGUUUAUGGUGAACUUGUCCAGAGGUUUAAGGUGGCCUGCGGCGGAAGAGAUAACUUCGUGGUAUCUGCAGCGAGCGAGAAGAAUAGACCAGCUGAGUGGUCAGCUCGAGAACAGCUUGUUUCUUCUGGAUGCUGGGAUACAAAAGGGCGUCAGCGGAUUGAACGAUCUGUGGAAGGACGUUGCGGACCUUUGCAGGGUGUCCUUCUCGAAUGCCGAGUGCAAAGAGGACGACGCGAGCUUGGCACUGGCAGCGUGGGAAGCUCUGGAUGCGUUUGACAAGUUUAAGAUGAUGCUGAGGGGCGUGACCGAGGACAACGUUGUGGACAGGCUGAUGGAGGUUGCAGUUCCUUUCGUACAAGGGCUGGCUGAGCAAGGAGAGACGCAGCAGAGCUUUCUCGUUCGAUAUCUCAAGGAGGUUGCGUCAGCGAACUUGCAGCUUUGUGCGGUUGUCUUGGAGGAUUCGUGCAAGCCACCAUACAAAGGUGUGCUGUUCAAGGACGAAGCGGAGAUAAUUGCUGCGGGUCUGGACUGCAUCUAUAGCUCUUCGCAGACAGAUGAGUGGGAGCUCAUGGCCUCUAUUCUUUCAAGGUUACCGUGGGAAGAUGACAAGCAGCAGCAGAAGGCCAGUGAUACUUAUGGCGAAAGGGGUUUACGGAGAGGUUUUGUGAAUGCACUGCGAUAUCCUAACAGAACAUUAACAGACACAUCGAUGGAUGCACCUUUCAACGUGAGCCCGACGAAAAGGUAUCCUGCAAUCAGCGGUGAACUUGAGAGACGGUUGAGGACAGCCGAAGGACACAUACAGGCUGGAAAGAUUUUGUUUCGCUAUCAGCUUCCAACGAAAAUAGGAUUCUUGGCUUCAUCCAAUGAGGAUGUGAAAGGAACCAAACAGAUGCUUCGUAUAUUAUUGUCAAAGUUUUUGCGGAAGCAUCCAGGCCGAUCAGACGGGGAAUGGAAUGCACUAUGGCGGGACUUACAGGUUCUUCAGGAAAAAGCCUUCACAUUUCUUGAGAAGGACUAUUUACUUUCUGAGUUUUGCCGGGGCCUUCUAAAAGCUGGAAGAUUUCACCUGGCAAAAUCAUAUUUUAAGGAUCCUGGAGUUGCUCUUCUCAGCGAGGAAAAGAUCGAAAGCCUCGUGCUGCAAACGAGUCGAGAGUUCUUCUACUCUGCAAACACUCUGGAUUCUCCAGACAUUGACAGGGCUAAGGACUGUUUAAGCCUCAUACCAGAUUCCGGGUCUGGGAUAGCUGAACGUGAUAUCAUUGUAGCCGUCACCGAAAGGCUACCAUAUCUGGGUGUGACGAUGCUGCCAGCGCAGUUUCGUCAGAUCAAGGAUCCGAUGGAAGUUCUGAAAAUGGCUAUUGAGUCUCACAAGGAGUCUCACGUUCCGCUCGAGGAAGUGUUCGAGGUGGCGAGACUGCUUGGUUACAAAGAUACCAGUCAGAUGGCCUUUGUCGAGGAAGCACUUGCUCGAGAAGCAGCCGCUCACGGGGAUGUUGCUGUGGCUCAAGAGCUGUGCCUUAGCCUGGCAAGGAAAGACCAUGGCAAAGUCUGGGACCUUUGCGCAGCUAUUGGACGGGGUCCCGAUGCGGAGAGACUAGAUAUUAAGUCCCGGAAGGAGCUCAUCAGCUUUUCACUCCGCCAUUGCGACGGCGAGUCUAUUGGAGAGCUACUGUCUGCGUGGAAGGAGUUCGACUUGGUAGAUGAGUAUUUACCAGUGACACUUCUAGAGGUGUCUGACUCUGCCUCCACAGAGGGAUCUGCCUCCACUGAGGGAUCAGAAAAGGAGGAAGUAGGCGCACCAGACGAUUUUCUCCAAGACGAUGUUACGACGCCAAAGGACGAUGAGCCUUUAACCGAGCUGGACGAGACGCCUACGAAUAUAAGCUCGUUGGAGCCUACUGAAAGUAAACUAGCCGUUGCCGCCCGGAGGUCCAGGGACAUAGUUGCUCAGGAGUUUGCAGACGGUGAAGUUACAGAAGCUGACCUGGCGAGCGUAGAGGAUGCAUGGCACUGUUUUUCGAGGCUAGCCGAGAAUACUUCGACGAAGAAACAAGCCGCGGCUCUAAAGCUACUGCUUGAGGAGUGGGAAACUGUCUUUGAGACCAAGGAAGACAAUGAAGACGACUUGCAACGAGCUGAAGACAAGGGUGGUGAGGAUGGCUGGGGCGACGGGUGGCAAGAUUUUGACGUUGCUGAGACGGUAGAAGCUCCCAAGCUACAAUCACUUUGGAAGAUAGCCUGCCAGAAGCUGAUCCAGUACCGAGGCCUUGAAGCAGCUCUGAGCGUGCUGGAUAGGUGGUCUACGAGCUCAUCCGCUCUACUCAACAAGGACGAAGCCGAGGAAUUUGUCCACUGUGCAGCACAAGAGAAUCCACUGUUGGGGCUGAAGUUUGCACUCUUGCUCCCCUAUGAAUCUCUGAGGAGCACUUAUAUGGAUCGUGUUGAGGCUGAGUUACAGAGUCAGGGUGCGGUUCUGGACAAAGCAGCUAUGGUUUUACUUCUUUCGGCACGACUUCUUCCAACCAUCGCUAGUGCUUCAAACUUAACCGGUCUUUUCUCGGCUCUCUCGAAAGGUUUUGCGGAGCUCCUUCACAAGUCUCAGGCAGGAAUACUGUUACCCGAAGACAGCCUUGGAGCUCCAUCUCUGAACGUCAUCGUGCCAUACUUCGUCUCGGAGAUGACGAGAGGACGUCACUAUGGAGCUGCUGCCAGCUUGGUGCUCCAACUCAUGCGAGUGCCACAGUCUUUUGCUACGUGGAACAUAUCGCACUUUGCACUGAAACGCUACCUGGAAGCACAGCAACAGCAGCAGAGGCAGAAGAGGGAAAGCUUCGACCCUGAAAGGCUGAGAGAGAGCUCUCUUUUCUACCUCUGCGAGACGAUUUCCCGCAUGGUAGCCUCUUUCGACGUGGUUGUGACCGAAGCUUUGAUGACACUUGCGAAGGAUAUGAAGUAGCUGCUCGGAUCUCUGACCUGACGUCUCGCCUAGCUUCUGACUUCUGCAAGAAGCAUGGAAAUCUUUAACCGGCAGAUAUUUCAACGCGCCACUCAGCCUUCAGAUGCAUCCUUCCUGGGAGGGGGAGGAUUUUAGAAGCGCCGGAAGAAUAAUUUGCGAAGGUGGCCCAAGCAUACGAUAGCAGCGUGGGCCAGUUUUCCAGGUGGCCCGCUUAGCAAGUUGCUCAAACAGACAAAAGUCACAUUCGGUUGCAUGUUGUUGAGUGGUGGCAGCUUGGCUGGUUCGAGUUUAGUCCUCUGACAUCAAAAGCGAAACACAUUGCUCUCAUUCAUGAUACUUCAUGAACUUGGGAGCUCUGUUCCGAUUCCAAGUGUGUUUUUUGUUGUAUGUUUAUUCCACCUAAGCGCGUUGAAAUGCCAUAGUUAAGAAUCUUCAA